AUUGCAUUUAAGUAUGCACAAUUGUGGCCAGUUGUCUCUGGCAGGAUUAUAAGACCUUUCGGUGCUGGCAUCACAGAAUUACAUGCAGAUGUGUUGGACUGGGAUGCAAAAGACAAUAAAGCAAUGAUCAUGUUGCUUUCGUCUAUACAUCAAGACCUAGUAAUAGGUCUCACGUCCUGCGACACAGCAGCUGCAGCCUGGACAUACCUGUCAUCACGAUUUGAUCGUGAUACAGGUAAUUCCUCGAUACAUCUCUUC